UCCGCAGAUGAGACCGUCGCGUUGUCCAGCGGGUCUCACUCCACCGUGUGUGUUUCCCGAACUCUCUCCUGAACUUCAAUAGUGCCAGAAAAAAAGCACUAAAUCCCAAACCAAAAAGCUGGUGGAGCUAGCUAGCUGUACGCUAGGAGGAUCUCCCCCCCACCCCACCCCCAAACUCCGAACUACUACACACAACUCGCGCGUCUCGCUGACGAUGGCGCGCUGAGCAGCUGAGAGGAGCGCUGAAGUAGUAGCGAGGAGACCACCACUCGAGACCACCACACGACUAUGGAGGAGCGCAGGGAGGCGGGAGUCUAGACGAGUUAUCACAACUGCAGGCUGAAUCCAGAUUACGCGUUUUUUUAAGCCCGUUUGACUAGACAGGUCCCACGAUUUAUUUAUAUUUUUUAUCGGAUUUCAUUCGUAUCGCUUUUUGCACGCAAGGAUGCACGAAAAGGACGCGAGGUGUAGCCGGGGAUGCUGGCCGACGGCGCUGCUGCUGUCAUGCGUCUUGGCUCUUCUCCUGGUCCCCCUGCCUGUCCGUGGCGAUACAGUUGCAGCCAACAUCACCGAAGCGGCUGGGCUCGUUAAUCGCAGCUCCCUGCUUAACGAGGGGGCGGGGCCGGAGCAGGUUGACGAGGUGCUGACCGGAGCGGUGACCGGAGCCGGCCUGGUGGCGGCGGAGGCGGCGGCGGGCAGGGCCGGGCGCGUCAUUCGUGCCGGGGAGAAAGACGAGCAGGGCAGCGGCAUGUUCGGAGAGACCGCCGUGCUGCCCGCCGUGGAGGAGGUGGGCGUGGCCGCUCCUCCCCAGCUCAGCCCCGACUCAGCGGAGACGGAGCUCUUGUUGCCUAGCAACCCCCGACGCGAGGAAGCGGCGCCGCCGACGAGCGAGAAGGAGGAGGAGGAGGAGGAGGUGGGUGGCGAAGAGGAGCGAGAGGCGGAGUCCACCAACCCGCCGUGGCUGGUCGCCAAGGACACCUCCGUGUUCGACCUGGACCCCCGUCUCCUCACCACCACGCCCCCGCCCCCGGGCGCCGUCAACCCCUCCCACCCGGACAUCCUCCACGUGGACUUCUUCGACCAGGCGGCGCGCGGCCGCAGCGACCUGGCCCCGCCCUCCCCCUCCUCCCUGGCCCACGAGCUGCAGGGCGGGGACCCCACCUCCUGGGCCAUGCCCGACAGCUACGACUACCUCACCCCCUACGACGAGGGGGUCUCGCCCACCGCCGACGAGUACACCUACAGCACCACCACCGAGACCUACGACAGCGCCGAGGACCCCAGGCUGGCCCCGGGCCGCCCCGGGCCCCGGGCCCCCGAGGACAAGGCCCCCCUGCCAGGAGGGGGCGCCGCGGCCGAGAGCCCGGACACCCCGAGGGUGCCGGUGUACGCAGUGGACGGGUCUGACGGGCUGGGGGGCUGCCGUGUGGGCUACCAGAUGCUGAACGGGAGCUGCCGCUCGCCCUGUGAUUCGCUGACCAACUACUGCUUCAACGGAGGGCAGUGCUACCUGAUAGAGGGACAGGGGGCGCUCUGCAGGUGUAACGUCCAGGACUACAUCUGGCACAAGGGGUCCCGGUGCGACGCGGUGGUGACAGAGUUCCAGGUGAUGUGUCUGGGGGUGGGGGCCUCUGCCCUCGUGCUCCUGCUGCUCUUCAUGAUCGUCGUCUGCUUCGCCAAGAAGCUCCACGUCCUCAAAACCGAGAACAAUAAGCUGCGCAAACGCAGCAGUAAGUACCGGCCCUCCUCGGAGCAGCACAAUGAUAAUUUCUCCCUGUCCACCAUCGCUGAGGGCUCCCACCCAAAUAAAACCAUGAGCAGAUACACCUGGGAGUGUAAGACCAAAGAGGAGUCCGACUGCCAGGAUGAUCCUGGCUCCCAGAACAAGCUGGAGGACCCGGUGAAGGCCUCUCCCAGGGAGGACGACUCCCUCAACAUCCACAACUCCCUCACCCCCAAACACGAGAACCACAAGGUGCUGGGCGAGGAGAACUCCUCCGAGGUAAACUCCCUGCAGAACAACAUGAUGUGA